AUGGCCAAGACUAUCAAGUAUAUGGCCAGGACUAUCAAGUUAUGGCCAAUGCUAUCAAGUAAUAUGGCCAGAACUAUCAAGUUAUGGCCAAUGCUAUCAAGUAAUAUGGCCAGAACUAUCAAGUUAUGGCCAAUGCUAUCAAGUAAUAUGGCCAGAACUAUCAAGUUAUGGCCAACGUUAUCAAGUAAUAUGGCCAGAACUAUGAAGUUAUGGCCAACGCUAUCAAGUAAUAUGGCCAAGACUAUCAAGUUAUGGCCAAUGCUAUCAAGUAAUAUGGCCAGAACUAUGGCCAACGCUAUCAAGUAA